AGUUGAAAAAUCCCAAAGUAGUGGUUUGUUUUCAUUUUCCGCGUUUCCCCCGAAAAUCCACUUUUCUCUGCUUAUUUAAUGAAUUUUCCUUGAAAACAUUAAAGGAAAUACCAAGGGAAACCACCGUAAAUUGUUUUUGCAACGAAGAAGGCUGAAAUUCGCGUAAAUACAAACAUUUCGGCCAAUUUGUGUGUAACAUAACCUCACAAUGGCGGGUGUUUUGUUUGAGGAUAUUUUCAAUGUGAAAGAUAUGGAUCCGGAAGGAAAGAAAUUCGACCGUGUAAGUCGAUUGCACUGUGAAUCUGAAUCCUUCAAAAUGGACCUCAUCCUGGAUAUUAAUUGUUGGCUGUAUCCCAUGGAAUUGGGUGAUAAAUUCCGCCUUGUUCUGGCCACAACGCUCUACGAAGAUGGGCAUCCAGGAAGUGGUGAAUACAAUCCAUUGGAGACUGAGGGAACACGAGCUGAUAGCUUUGAGUAUGUAAUGUAUGGGAAAAUCUACCGGAUAGAGGGUGAUGAGGCACACACAGAAGCAUCCAGUCGACUGUCAGCAUACGUCUCAUUCGGGGGGCUCCUGAUGCGCCUUCAGGGUGACGCCAACAAUCUCCAUGGCUUCGAAGUAGAUCAAAAUAUCUACUUGCUCAUGAAAAAACUCGCUUUUUAGAUUUCAAAUAUAGAUUUUUUUGUAUAUUUCAUAAAAUUAAAUUUUUUUCAGAGCGCUUAAACACAACACAA